AUGCUCGUGGUUGACUCAGAAUCCUCCAGAAAAAGAAAGGGGAAAGAAAGACGACGACGAGCACAAGCAUUCAAAUAUCAAACAGGAAAGGCCGCACAAGCGAGUCUAGCAAACAGUGGGGUGAUUGCGCUUGUUGCCCAGACCAAGAACGAUCACUCCAUCAACCCAUUCAAUCCGACUUUUGCGACAUCGGACGUAGCUGCACGCGCUGAUCUGGGAGAAAGCAACAACAACCUAUCGGCGACCUACACUAAAAUCUCCAUUGAACCGCCCUACCUGUUUCCUGUUUCUGAUAAACAAGCCCUGCGCAUAGCCGCGGGCCACGCCAGAGUGGCGGCGCACGGGGUGACGAGCGGCAUCGGAGGGGGAGGGCCCAUAGGGGUCGGCCAGAUAUCUUCUGAAUCGCAGAAUGCGACUCCAUUGACGAGUCCCGGCCGGAUCAAUGCGAGGAUACAUUCUGGUGCUUCGGGGUUAGUGGGAAGGAAGCGCAAUGGAGCUGGCGCUGGGCUGGAUAGCUCACCAGGCAGUAUUGAUGAGAUUGAAGAUGGCGAACAACACGAGGAGAGGAAGCGGCAGCCUGUCAAGAGAGCUUGCAAUGAGUGUCGACAGCAGAAGCUCCGCUGCGAUGUGAUUCAAGACCCGUUCAUGGACUGCUCGCGUUGCCGCCGCCUCAAACUUGAAUGCAAAAUCGAAUCCAACUUCAAACGAGUCGGGAAACGAAGUCGCAAUGCCGAGAUGGAAAGAGAAAUAAUCGAGUUGAGGAGACAAAUUGCAAAUGCAAAUGCGGCAAAUGCUUCGUUGAAAUCCCAGGUUGCGCCGGCUAAGCAGGAGGCUUCUGCCAUGUCUACACCAUUGAGCGGAGCAAUGUAUCAGACUCCGACUCCGCUGUCGACAGAUCAGUAUAUGGGGUCACAUGAAGCGGUUGCAUCUCUGCUGGAUUUGAGGUCGGGGUUUGACGGUGCGAACUAUAUGCGGUCUGGAAGCCACCAGUUCAAGAGAAUAGAAGAUGUUAUGGUGGCGACAGACCGGAUUAACGAAUUAUUCAAUCUAUUCUUCACCUUCUAUCAUGCCUAUCUCCCGUUCCUCGACCGCGAAGUCACACCUGAAGAGUACUAUGCCACUUCACCACUGCUUUUCUGGAUGAUUAUCAGUGUAGGCGCACGCCGGUACCAGACCGAUAUUCAGUUGUUAAACUCGUUAGCCGGUCCGGUGACUCGACUUGUCUGGAGCACAAUCGCCGAUAUCCCUCAAAGCUUCCAUGCAGUCAAAGCGCUCUGCUUGCUUUGCACUUGGCCUUUUCCCACCAGUAGUACAUCGACUGAUCCAACAUUCAUGUUGUCCGGUUUGAUGAUCCAUGUUGCGAUGCAGUUGGGAUUACAUCGACCUUCGCAUACACAGGAUUUCUCCAAAUUUCGAGUUGAGCUUAUUGAGUCGGAACUACGGGACAAAGUCCGAACGUGGGCUAUUUGUAAUGUUGUCGCACAAAGGGUUGCUACCGGUUAUGGACAACCUCCCUCGACGUUAUAUGACUGGACCUUGGGUGCCAGCGAACUCAUCGAUGUCAAUUUUCAGUUACCUCGAGAAAUCAAAGCUCGGUUACAGAUCGAAGUUUUUGUUGACAAAGUCACAAAGGCUCUGUAUAACAACCGGCGGAAUCCAGUGGGUUUGGCUGAAGACGGCGAACGGGCAUCUCUUAUGUCGUUUUUGACCCGGGAUUUUGAAGAGUUGGAGGAUCAAUUGAAGCCUGAGAAUGAUGUCAUCACGGAUCUUUAUUUGCGAGCGGCCAAUCUGCAUCUACAACUAUGUUCUUUCUUUGAUGACCCGUCAUCGCAAGGAUAUCGAGAGCGCCUACUUUCACUACACUCGGCAACCUGCAAUUUCCUAGAGUCAGCAUUGAACCUAGAGACAAAUGUUGGCCCUGUGCUUCCCUACACGCCUUAUUACUUCUACCAGAUGAUGCUCGCGGCGGGAUUUACUCUGAUGAAACUCUGCAAGAGUUUCUUCUCAGCCCACAUAGACCUGGAGUACACCAAGAGACUGUUCAACAGGACAAUUUGGUCCAUCCGAGCAAUCUCCGUAUCCAACAACGAUCUACCUCAGCGGCUAACCGAAGUCCUGACUCAGAUGUGGAAACAGGGAGGUGCCCCUACUCCGCGACCGGCUUCCUCGUCAUCGGAAAUCGACGAUUCGUUACAACUCAAGGUGCGAUGUCGUAUGAGUAUGUCGCUUGUUUAUGAUUCCGUCUGGCGUUGGCGAGAAGAUGCAUUGGCCAAGGGCCGAAAUAUAGAAGCCUCCCUCAAAAACCCCACCGACCCCGACUCCAAUGGCGAAACGACAGGCUCAUCUCUCACACAUGGUCGCGCCUCAUCGGCCACACCAGGAGUAACAGGCGACCCUAGCCUAGCACCUGCUCCACCACUGCCACAUGGCCUAUCCCUCUCCUCGUCGUCCGCUGGUGUGAACAACCUGCCCAGUUCUGCCGUGAAUGGAUUCAUGGAACCUAACUACGAGGUCUUUGAUCCUCUGAACUGGCUUCUCGACGGCUUGGUUGAUUUUCCGUAUACGAUGCCAAUGCAAGGUAUGGAAUCGCACGGAUUGGCUUGAGUCAGUCAAGUAUCGGUCUAUACUUACAUUCUUUUGCUUCGGGGAGUUUUGCUUUGGAAAUAUCCUAUCGGGUGGGACUUUUCCUUUUCUAAGCCGACGGUAUAAACUUGAUGUUUACCACCCGUCUUACGACGUUAUGUAGUUAUGCUACUGUAGAUUUGCUUUAUUUUCAUGUCAAUACAUUACUGUUCUAUAACAUA